AGGGAUGGGUCGGCACAAAGAACGGUGUGACCAGUCGAUGGCAACACAAUUUGCGGGUGAAUGAAGAGUUGCAUAUACUUUGCGAGCAUUCCUAGCGAGCGUGCCAGGGUGAGGCGGCGGUGUCAAGGAUGGUGUGACAGCAAGGAAAGGAGAAAGAGGGUGGUGGAAGAGACAAAUCGUCGCUUCCGCGUUCGAUGCCAGAUGCCAGAUGCCAGAUGCCAAGGCAGAAUGACCUCAGUCGUCCAACACCGAAACAGUCUCUCUCCCUCACAAUUUCCAACAACCCCAACACCCCACGCCAUACGCCCACAUCAUGGAAGACCCAACUGCCCCUACGACUGGAGAAGUGCCCGGGGAGUCACCUGCACAGAAACAGUCUCGCCUAAGGCGCGAGCGCCGCGCAGCCAAACUUACUACAGGCGGGGCAUCGCGACUCCAACAGAUCACAGCCCUGCAGGGGGGUCCGCCCCGAGAUCUCAGUGAACUGCAGAAAGAUGUACCAGUCAAACCCUCUCCGGGCCCCACACCAGCAAUGUCGGGAACUGCUACACCUGACCCAGACGAAAUAGACAUUUCGCAGCACCACUAUGCGCCUGCCUCGCAGCCUCGUCUACCCUCCCCGUUUGCCUUUGAAGGGAACGCUUCAGACCCCUUCUCCCAGGGCCAGGCAGGCGACGCCUCGCAGGACCCCAUGAUGGCCAUGCUGCAGCAGAUGAUGGGUGGCGGUGGCGGCAUACCUGGCUUCCCUGGUGGCUCAGGAGGGCCCGCGGGUGGACAGCCAGGCAUGCCACCAGGUAUGCCCCCAGGAAUGGCCGACAUGUUUGCCGCAAUGCAGGGUGGAUCUGCCGCGGAACCCUCUCCAACACAGUCAUCUGCUUGGAUCUGGCGGCUGGUACACUCGUUGUUCUCGCUCGCCUUUGCUACCUACAUUGUCCUCAGGACACCUUUCUCCGGCUCGAAACAGUCACGUGACCUCGUUGUUGCUGACGACUGGACGGUCGAGUCUACACCUGCAAACUCGUUUGCGCACUUCUUCUACCUCUUUGCAACUUUCGAAGUUGUCAUGCAGUCGUCACGCUACUUUGUCGAGAAAGGCCAACUGCAAGGAAGCGGCAUUCUCAGCACCGUUGCAGGUAUACUACCCGCACCGUAUGGAGGCUAUGUGAGAACUAUCGGUCGGUACGGCGUCAUCUGGAGUACAGUGGUGAGCGACGCCAUGGUGGUUGUGUUUAUUCUAGGCGCUACGACGUGGUGGAAAGGUGCUGCUCUUUCGUGAGCACCACGUCCGUCCUCAUUCAAGUAGACUAAUGGUAUGACACUUGACCAUCAACCCGGUUCCCUUGCCCCCAUUGAAUGCAUACAAAGAGACGUGUAUCACCUAAUCGGCCAGGGCACAACCAAUGCCAAUCGCCGCACGUGAACGGAAGAGAACGCACAUAGAUUGUGUAAUUUAUCAAAACUGCGUAUGGAUCACACAAGCGGGUCGUUGAAAGCCAUGGUUGCACAGGGCUGCUCCAUCAUUGGAAGCGAUGGUCACACACGGCAAACGGCAUAUGCGUUGAGUUCCCACGGCCCCGGGUCCGCAAGGUACGCGCCCACAUUUUCCUGUGGAGCAAAACGGUCUACAGUUCUCGUGGGCGGGUGCCAACGGAUGUUCUUGUGACACGCUGCCAGAUCCAAAAGCAGCAAAAUCCAAUCAAUGCAACCCCCCCAAGCGGUGGCGGUCGAGCGACGUUGUUUGG